GGCCCACGCGGGCGGCGCGCGGAGGAGGGGGCGGGGGCAGCGGCGGCUGUAGCGGCCGAGACCUGGGCGGGCGGAGGAGUGUGACGGGCCUCGGGGCCGCUGUGGAUGGUUUCUAAAAUGAUCAUUGAAAACUUCGAGGCACUCAAGUCCUGGCUCAGCAAGACUCUCGAGCCCAUCUGUGAUGCAGAUCCAUCAGCCCUAGCAAAAUAUGUUCUCGCUUUGGUAAAGAAAGAUAAAAGUGAAAAAGAGUUAAAGGCAUUAUGUAUUGAUCAACUGGAUGUAUUUCUUCAAAAAGAGACACAGAUAUUUGUGGAAAAACUUUUUGAUGCUGUGAAUACAAAGAGUUAUCUACCUCCUCCAGAGCAGCCAUCAUCAGGAAGCUUAAAGGUAGAAUUUUUUCAGCACCAAGAAAAAGAUAUAAAAAAAGAAGAGAUCACAAAGGAGGAAGAGCGAGAGAAGAAGUUUUCCAGAAGGCUAAAUCAUAGUCCUCCCCAGUCAAGUUCCCGAUACAGAGAAAAUAGAAGUCGUGAUGAGAGGAAAAAAGAUGAUCGUUCUCGCAAAAGAGAUUAUGAUCGAAACCCUCCUCGAAGAGAUUCAUACAGAGAUCGGUACAAUAGAAGACGAGGCCGAAGUCGCAGUUACAGCAGAAGUCGUAGUCGAAGUUGGAGUAAAGAGAGACUUCGUGACAGGGAUAGGGAUAGAAGUAGGACUAGAAGCAGAAGCAGAACACGAAGCCGGGAAAGGGAUCUAGUAAAACCUAAAUACGACCUGGAUAGAACAGAUCCACUAGAAAACAAUUAUACUCCAGUCUCUUCGGUACCCAAUAUAUCAUCUGGUCACUACCCUGUACCUACUUUGAGCAGCACUAUUACGGUAAUUGCUCCUACUCAUCAUGGUAAUAACACUACCGAAAGUUGGUCUGAAUUUCAUGAAGACCAAGUGGACCAUAACUCAUAUGUAAGACCACCCAUGCCAAAGAAACGGUGUAGAGACUAUGAUGAAAAAGGUUUCUGUAUGAGAGGAGACAUGUGCCCUUUUGACCACGGAAGUGACCCCGUAGUUGUAGAAGAUGUGAAUCUUCCUGGCAUGCUGCCUUUCCCAGCACAGCCUCCAGUUGUUGAAGGACCGCCUCCUCCUGGACUUCCCCCACCUCCACCAAUUCUUACACCCCCACCUGUGAAUCUGAGACCCCCAGUGCCACCACCAGGCCCAUUACCACCCAGCCUUCCACCUGUCACAGAUGAUAUUUCUUAUUCUUUGGUUUUGACAGGACCACCACCUCCACUUCCUCCUUUGCAGCCAUCUGGCAUGGAUGCUCCCCCAAACUCUGCAACCAGUUCUGUUCCUACCGUAGUAACGACUGGCAUCCAUCACCAGCCUCCUCCUGCUCCACCCUCUCUUUUUACUGCAGUUUUUGUAUUACCAGAUACAUAUGACACAGACGGCUACAAUCCUGAAGCCCCCAGCAUAACAAACACUUCCAGACCUAUGUAUAGACACAGAGUGCACGCACAGAGGCCUAACUUGAUAGGACUGACAUCAGGGGAUAUGGAUUUGCCACCCAGAGAAAAGCCUCCUAAUAAAAGCAGUAUGAGGAUAGUAGUGGAUUCUGAAUCAAGGAAAAGAACCAUUGGUUCCGGGGAGCCUGGAGCGCCUACAAAGAAGACCUGGUUUGAUAAGCCAAAUUUUAAUAGAACAAACAGCCCAGGCUUCCAGAAAAAGGUUCAGUUUGGAAAUGAAAAUACCAAACUUGAACUUAGAAAAGUUCCUCCAGAAUUAAAUAAUAUCAGCAAACUUAAUGAACAUUUUAGUCGAUUUGGAACCUUGGUUAACUUACAGGUUGCUUAUAAUGGGGAUCCUGAAGGUGCCCUUAUCCAAUUUGCAACAUAUGAAGAAGCAAAGAAAGCAAUAUCAAGUACAGAAGCAGUACUAAACAAUCGCUUUAUUAAGGUUUAUUGGCACAGAGAAGGAAGUACCCAGCAGUUACAAACUACUUCUCCAAAGGUAAUGCAGCCCUUAGUCCAGCAGCCCAUUUUGCCUGUUGUGAAGCAGUCAGUCAAAGAGCGGUUGGGUCCAGUACCUUCAAGUACUAUUGAACCGGCAGAAGCCCAAAGUGCCAGUUCAGACCUUCCUCAGAAUGUAACUAAAUUAUCUGUGAAGGACAGGUUGGGUUUUGUAUCAAAGCCAUCUGUUUCAGCAACUGAAAAGGUGUUGUCUACAUCUACUGGCCUAACUAAAACAGUAUAUAAUCCAGCUGCUUUGAAGGCUGCACAGAAAACCUUACUUGUUUCCACCUCUGCAGUUGAUAAUAAUGAAGCACAGAAAAAAAAACAGGAGGCACUGAAACUUCAGCAGGAUGUAAGGAAAAGGAAACAAGAAAUUUUAGAAAAGCACAUUGAAACACAGAAGAUGUUAAUUUCAAAACUAGAGAAAAACAAAGCAAUGAAGUCUGAAGAUAAAGCAGAAAUAAUGAAAACCUUAGAAGUUUUGACAAAAAAUAUUACCAAGUUGAAAGAUGAGGUCAAAGCUGCUUCUCCUGGACGUUGUCUUCCAAAGAGUAUAAAAACCAAGACUCAGAUGCAGAAAGAAUUGCUUGAUACGGAACUGGAUUUAUAUAAGAAGAUGCAAGCUGGAGAAGAAGUCACUGAACUUAGGAGAAAGUAUACAGAAUUACAGCUGGAAGCUGCAAAACGAGGGAUUCUUUCAUCUGGUCGGGGUAGAGGAAUUCACUCAAGAGGUCGAGGUGCAGCUCACGGCCGAGGCAGGGGUCGAGGUCGAGGUCGAGGUGUGCCUGGUCAUGCUGUGGUGGAUCAUCGUCCCAGGGCAUUGGAAAUUUCUGCAUUUACAGAGAGUGAUAGAGAAGAUCUUCUUCCUCAUUUUGCGCAAUAUGGUGAAAUUGAAGAUUGUCAGAUUGAUGACUCUUCACUUCAUGCAGUAAUUACAUUCAAGACAAGAGCAGAAGCUGAAGCAGCUGCAGUUCAUGGAGCUCGUUUCAAAGGGCAGGAUCUAAAACUGGCAUGGAAUAAACCAAUAACUAAUAUUUCAGCUGUUGAAACAGAAGAAGUUGAACCUGAUGAAGAGGAACAGAGAGAGAUCAUCAUUGCCUGAAUUUAGCUUUGUGACUACAACAGCAAGACCUGUUCCUGUCUGGAGACGACUGUUAAAAUAUCAUCCUAUCAUUUUAUGUUUGCUCUUUAUCAAUUUGAAUAGAUGUUUACAUGUACUAUAAUUGGCAUUUUGUCUCUUCACAGUUCUCUAAUUGGUACAUCCGAGUCCAGAAGUAUGUCUGAGUGUGUGCUUUGUCUGACCUUAUUCUUAAACGUCUUCUCCCCUUACUUUAUAUCCAUUUAUUUUUUAAACACUAAGAAGGAAAAAGACCUUUUGGUUUCCUAAUAUGAGAUAAGUUCAGUCUCAGCCACGUUGAAAAUUGUGUCUAAGAAAGCUAUAAAGCCAUGAUAUUGUGUUCAUUAGCAUGAACAAUUUAGAAUGAAGAAAAUGAUUAAAAAGUUAAGCAUGGUUUGGUUUUAAUUUUUCUGGGUUUUAGGAUACAUUUCUGGGGUUAAGGUAGUCACUUAAAUGAUUUUGAACAGAUGCUAAAAUACUUUUUUAUACACUAUAAUAACUUGCCUAUUUCUUCUAAAUACACUUACUGAGGUUGUUGCCAAGGCCACUUACCCAAAUAAUAUUUUUAAAAAAUUUCUUAGCUCUUCAAAACCAACAAGGAGAAUAAUUUUCUUUUUUUUUCAAGUAAUACAGGAUGAUCUGUGGAUUAUAAAUAUUGAGAAAUUUCUAUUAAAUGUCUGGUUUACACAGUUUGUCCAUAUUUUCCUCACUUGCAAUCAAGACAUCAAAGACAAUCUUAAAAGCAAGGGGAAAUUGUGUUGUGUGUCUAACAUUGUUAAAGAUUAUAGUUUUCCUGUCUUAAAAGGUGUAUGUCCAUAUUUAUUUAUAAGCAGUGUGGCUUAAAAUUAUUUAUAAAGAGUAUGAUUAAAUCUUAUCCUAAGUAUUCACCCCAAAUACCAUUUUUUUGUAAUGGGCACCAUAUAAAGAAGUUUUCAGAAAAUUAAUUUCUGAGUAUUUCUUCAUAGAUUCUCAUGAGGCAUUUGAGAAGUUUGGAAGUUGUUCUUAGUAGCAGCUCUUUAUUAGAAAAGUGGAAAUUACACUUCAUUCUAUUUGCCCUUGUUUUUUUUUAGUUUCAUUCAGCCGUGCUCGUAUUUUCAUAUUUUUUGUGCCAAGUUGACUAUUCUGCAAACACUUCUUUUUGAGUAUUCAAUGCAUUUGUCUUCGUGAAAAAUAAAAAGAAUGAACACAUCAAUCAUAAUGUAAAUUAUCUAUUUUGAUCCACAUUAGUUGACAACAGCUUCCUGAAUAUUAGGCUUGAUUUAAGGGAAAAGUACAUGUUUCAGAAAGUCUUCUAAUAUAAUUAUGACUUGGUAGCCUGCAGGGCAUUUUUAAAAUUAGACUUUUGUUUUAGUUCACAUUUGCAAACUAGCAUAUAGCCACAGGAGUUCAGAGAUAUUUUCCCAGAUUAGUUCAGUAUUUUUUCUUUUUAAGGAAAGAAAAUUCUCUUCCCCUGUGAUAGUGAUUUACUUGCUAGGUUAGAAGCCCAAAGAACAUAGUCUGAAGAGACCAUACUUGUUAACAGUUUCAGUUGGUUUUUAGAUGUGGACCACAUACCAGCCCCCUCAACUUUACUUUGUCAUCUUUCUUUUUUCUUUCCCUUGCUUUUAAAUUAAAAACAAAAUAAAGCAAAACAAAAUUGAAUAUGCCAUUGGGAAUCAGAAAGGGAGAUGAUUUGAUUCUCAUUAAGAUCAUUGUGCUUUUUGAAACUUUCUGUGAGAGCCAAUAGGUCAUUACAUAUUUAAAUUCUUAUAUGUUGAUUAAUUAAAGAUGAGGAUUUUCAUUAUUUCAUUUUCCUAAAUAGGAUUCUCAUGGAGCUAUGUGUAGAUAACUGUACAGAAUCACUUUUGUGUAAUUGAUUGAAGCAGUUUACCUCUGCAUGAUUGCAUUAUGGAAGCCUUUUAUAUAUCUUUAUAUUUUUCAAUAUUCUUAGAUUUUACACUAUUAGCGGCUCUAGUCAUGCUAUAUUUGUUUUUUUUAAAUAGAGUUUAUAAAUAUUUAUGCUCAAAAUACAGAUCAACUGAAUAUUUUUUGAUCUUGUUUACAAGAUAAAUAAUACUUUAAAGUGAUGCAGCCCCUCAAGUGUCUUAGGAAAAAGUUAUUGGUGCUACAAAACCUUUCAAUAUCAUUUUUGAACCUGUUAUCUAGACUUCGCUAGGCUUUAAUGUAUGAUCACUUGUGACUUACUCUAAUCUAGCAGCAUAAUUAUAAAAGUGGUCUGUGGUGAGUCAGGAAAAGAGCCCAGUCCAUUAGAAACACCCCAUAAUUUAAAGAUACGAUACAUAAUGACAGUAUGCUUAUUUGUGCCCAGCUUCCAAAAAAGAAAAUAGUCUCUUCAGUUUGUCAUUAGCUCUUUUGAUAAGAGGAAUUUAAUCUGGCUAGAAUAAAAACAACAAUACAUUCAGCAUGGCUCAGUUGUCCCAUAUUUCACAUGGAAAAAUUUUCUAAUCCUAAAUAUGGUGUAAUCCUGCUCUGCUUCAAAUUCCCAUCUAUCUUUGCUGAACAGGAGGCAGGGUAAUUCUUAAAUAUUUAUAGAACAUUUGAUGAGUUGAAAAGAGAUGUAUUAUUUACAUUGUACAAGUUUUGCGUUGGUUGUGUAGAUUGUUUUCUACAUCUAUAAGACUCAUUCCAGCACCUUAGUGAAUGUUCUAAAGAUACAGUUUUUAAGUAUCAGCAAAGCAUUCAUAGAUACUUACUUUUGAUUCUCAGAAUCCUGAACCUGUUUUGGGUGUGUUAUUACUUCAGAACAUGUUAUCUGGCACAAGAUUUCCUUUAAUAAGUGGUUUAGUUGUACUCAAGUUCUGUGGAUUGUUGAACCUAAAAACACCAAAGGAGUCUUUUCUUGUCUGGAGACUGGGUUGUUCCAGUUUUUAAUACCUGUGCCCAUAAGUAUCCCAUUUCACGAAUGUGUGUUGGCAUGGGGAAAAAAUUCCCUGCUCUUUGAGUGGAGCGAAAGUAAUUGGUUAAGCUGUAGCAGCUUUUUUUUUGUUUAUUUUUCAAAAUGAUAAUAAAACUUGAACUGAAAAAGGUAAAACUUGAACUAGAAAACUACUCUUGUAUGCUUAGAAUGUUUAUAGUGUUACAUGUUUAUGUGGGGUUGUCAACAUUUUUAUUAUUUAUAGUUGAAUUAUGUUGUUUUGUUUGUUAAAUAUCCAUAAUGUUUAUUAUUUUUAUAUUUUGAAAAUUUUUAAAUAAAAUAGUCUUACUAAAAACAGUUGUUAACUUUUUAAAAUUGUCCUGCAUCUUGCAUCAGUUAUAUGACCUAGUAGAAAGAAAAAUUUGCAGCCCUCAGGCAUUGUACAGUUGAGAAUUCUGAAAAUGUUUAUGUAUCUAUACAAAUGGCUCCAGGUUGCCUCUUCCCCUCUCUACCCUCCAUUCCCACUUUAAAUUGUUCUGUCACCUUUGGUACCCGUGUGUUGUUGGCCUGAUGACUCCUUUUCUCACACAUCUACAAAUCCUCCAUACCCUUCUUCCAAUUCCUGCCUCUUUUCUGCUAGAAUUGAUCUCUAUUCUGUUUGAAGGCCACAGUGCUUCUCCUUAUCAUCAUCAUGAGUAAUAACGGUAGAGUACUAUUGUGAUGUCAAAGAAAGACUGCCAUAUAUUCUGAAGUGAAACUAGAUGUGAAGUGCUUAUACUGUCAGCCUCUAAAGCCAUUGAAACUUUUUGGAACAUCCCUCCGUAAUGUUCAGUUUUCAUCUCAACAUUUAUUCUCCUGGUCUGAUUUGACCUGCUUUUCCAGCAUUCAGCAUGUUCAUUUCAUAUUUAAUUGCAUUGAGUGAUAAAUAUUGCCAUAUUC